AUGGGAGGUGUAUUCGGUGGCUCAAAUACACGUAAACUGUGGACCACAAAGGAAAUGAAGUGUUUUCUAGAGUGCUACUUGGCACGAAAGGAAGAGUUUAUGGAAACCAGAAAAAAAAGACUUGGAUAUCAACAUGUACUUGAGGACAUGAUAGCACAUGGAAUUGCAGAUGACUUUACUCCAGUCUGCUUAGAAAGAAAAAUGCGCACACUUCUAAGUGCAUUUAAAGCAGCCAAAGAUAACAACAGACGGACUGGUGCAUCGCCAUGCUUACCACCCUACAUGGAGAUGAUGAACGAAAUAUUUGGUGAUAAACCAAUUAUUUCAAAUAAUCACACUGCGACGUUAGGGUUUGACAGCUAUGUUGAAGACAUAGAGGUGCUGGAAGAGUUGGAAAUAAACAUUGUGCAAACGCACGCUGAGCUAUCGCCAACGCAAGAAUCACCAACGGAAGAAUCGCCAACGCAGGAAUCUCCAACGCAGGAAUCGCCGACGCAACAAUCAUCAACGCAGGAAUUGCAAAUGCUGGAAUUGCCACAACCUUCAAAAUUUAACCGCAAAAGAAAAUCUAAACUAUGA